GAUUGAUCUGGUGGAUGAACACACGGUGGAGAAGUGACGGCACAGUGGACGUGGCGUUCAGCUUUCUGCACCUUGCUGUGUUAAGAGCAGGUGAGGCUGGGAACCGAGCUUUAAUAACGGUUCCGACCCGUGCCCUCAUCUCUCUGAUGUCCGGAGUGCGCUGAGCGGCGACGCAAAGUCUCUGGAUCCUGCUGAAGUUUUGUGUCUGGAGGAGCACUCUUCCCUCCGUCAGUAACACAACUGUGGCUGGUUUGUUACAUGAGUUUAAACCGCUCCGCGGAGACUUACUUUUAUGCAAGAAUCUUUUAUCUGAAACUUCCGGAGAUGAAGGAAAAGUGCAAGAACGCGGCGAAGACGCGCAGAGAGAAGGAGAACGGAGAGUUCUACGAGCUGGCCAAGCUGCUGCCUCUGCCCGGAGCCAUCACCUCCCAGCUGGACAAGGCCUCCAUCAUCCGGCUGACCAGCAGCUACCUCAAGAUGCGGGCCGUGUUCCCCGACGGUCUGGGUGAAGGAUGGGGUCAGACCUCAAGGUGCAGUCCUCUGGACAGCAUGGCUAAAGAGCUGGGCUCUCACCUUUUACAAACUCUGGAUGGCUUCGUGUUUGUUGUGGCCUCUGAUGGAAAGAUCAUGUACAUCUCUGAGACAGCAUCAGUCCACCUGGGCCUCUCCCAGGUGGAGCUAACCGGAAACAGUAUAUUUGAGUACAUCCACCCAUCGGACCAUGAUGAGAUGACAGCAGUGCUGAGUCUCUGCCAGCCCCCCCACCAUCACUUCUCUCCAGAGUAUGAAUUAGAGCGCUCCUUCUUCUUGAGGAUGAAGUGUGUUCUUGCUAAACGGAAUGCAGGACUGACCUGUGGGGGAUACAAGGUCAUCCACUGCAGUGGCUACCUGAAAGUGCGUCAGUACAUGAUGGACAUGGCCCUGUAUGAAUCCAGCUAUCAGACUGUGGGUCUGGUGGCCGUCGGCCACUCCCUGCCCCCCAGUGGUAUCACAGAGAUCAAACUCCACAGCAACAUGUUCAUGUUCCGGGCCAGUCUGGACCUGAAACUCAUUUUCUUGGACACAAGGGUGGCAGAGCUGACAGGAUAUGAGCCUCAGGACCUGAUAGAGAAGACCCUCUACCACCACAUCCACGCCUGUGACGUCUUCCAUCUGCGCUACGCUCACCAUUUAUUGCUGGUUAAGGGUCAGGUCACCACCAAGUACUACCGCAUGUUAUCGAAGCAUGGAGGCUGGGUGUGGGUGCAGAGCUACGCCACCAUUGUGCACAACAGCCGCUCCUCCAGGCCUCACUGCAUCGUCAGUGUGAACUACGUCCUCACUGAAGUUGAAGGCAAGGAGCUGCUGUUAUCUGAAGACCAGAGUCGAGCCAGUAAGCCCUGUGUCAGUAUGUCCUCCACUCAGGACCCCCGCAAACACCUCCGAACCAAAGCAGUCAAGAUGAAGCCCAAAGUAAGAGCAGCUCCCUAUCCUGAGGCGGGACUUCCUGCCGGCCUGCUGAGUAAACAAAAGGAGGCUGCUAGCCUCUUCCAGCCAGACCGCUCCACCUGCUCCUUACAGAGGGGGGUGUGGAAGGAGAGAUCCCAGUAUCCCCUGACCCCCUGCAGGGAGAAGAGCUCCAGCUUGAGCCCUGAGGCCGGCCAGGUGCCCUGCGGCCCCCCCUACAACCUGACCCUGCACUACCCCUACAGCCCUCAGAGCCCGUUGCCUCGCUCCGCCCCCCCCUCUCAGCUGACUCAGCACGUCAGAGGCUCUGUGGGGUGGAACAUCAGCAGCCCCCCCUCAUCUAACAAAUACACAGGCCCCGGGGGGCUGGCAGCUGAGCGCAGGUUCUCUGAUGACAUCUAUCCGGAUUGUUCCAACACCUCACAUUCCAGCAGCAGGCUGAAGGAAGAGCCCUACGAACAUUACACACUGGUCCACAGAGAGGUGUCUGACAUUUGUUCCCACCCCCGUCUUCAUGGCACCAGAGACAGUAAAGCUUCAAACCAGGCGCUCCACCAUGAGGGGGCUUCAGGUGAGCGGGGCCCCUCCUGUCCCCUGCUCAGCGGCGUGGGGCUGGAGCAGAGGAGGAGGCUGUGUAUGAUGGAGGCCCCUUACGGCCCCCCAGCUGCAGGAUACCCCCACCCUGCUGACGGGGCUGCUCCUCAUCAGCACAGGUCUGCAGAGGAGGACAGGAGGACGUUGGGGGGUGGGGCCCAGGCUCCAUACAUGUCUAUGAACUUCCAUAAAGUGCUGGGUAAACACGGCUCUGUAACCACGCUGAGCCACCUGACGGACCCUCACAGCGCCGGCUCGUCUCCGGAGAGCCACAGAGAGAUCCCACAUUACAUCGGCACAUCGGUGAUCAUCACCAACGAGAGGUGACCCAGGACAGAUCUCAGGACGGGGAGCCAUAACUCUGACUGUUCACAGACUGCAGCCAGGGUCCGUCACCUUUCAGAAGCCAUGUUGCACUCCUGCAGGAUAGUUUGACACACCACAGGAUAUUACAGCUCUUUUUCUUCAAUGUUGUCUGUCAUAUAUAAGAUCAACUUGAACAUUUUCUAUAGACUGAAAAAACUGAAACAUUGACUUUAAUUAAAUGUAUUAUGUCAACA